ACAUUGUGUAGUUUUUUUUUCAUUCCCAGAUGUUUUGACUCUAUCCGAGAAAAAUGUUUCCUUCGAGGGUGGCAGUAUUUCAAUUAAUUUACGUUCUGAUUGCAACAAUGUUGUAACUGAAGUGAUUAUUUUUUCACUAUAUGAAUGUGUCUAGAUGUAAAGUGAGGUCACUCUGUCGUACAAUGUAGCAAACUGUGUCAGUAAUUACACAUUGUUCACUGAAUAGUGUUAGCUGCAGCUAAGCUAAAUAUAUGCAACUCAUCUCAACAUUUACUUAUCAAAAAUUAAAGAGACGUUUUGCGACUGUAUGUCUUAUCUUAUCGCAGCUGAUCACACGCUUAUUUAUAAAGUGAUUCUUUGAACUGUAGUUCGACAGAAAGGCAGUUCAGAACUAGAACAUUCCCUUUAAGAUCAGUAAUGUCAGCCGUAAUUAAUCGAGUGCUCUCAAUACAAAGCCAUGUAGUGCAUGGAUAUGUUGGUAACAAGAGUGCCGUGUUUCCGCUACAAGUUCUAGGUUUCGAGGUAGAUAACAUCAACUCAGUGCAAUUUUCCAACCACACCGGGUAUAAACAAGGCUUUAAGGGUCAAAUUCUUAACGAAAACGAACUGGCCGAUGUGUUUUCAGGCUUAGUAGCCAAUAAUUUGCACUCCUUGUACACCCACCUGCUAACGGGAUAUGUAGGAAAUCCUGCUUUUCUGCGGGAAAUUGCGAGUAUAUUGAAAAAAUUACGCUCUUCCAACCCAUCUUUAAUUUAUGUUUGCGAUCCAGUAAUGGGAGACGAUGGAAUCAUGUAUGUUCCCAAAGAACUCCUGCCAAUUUACCGAGAUGAAAUUGUACCCCUGGCUGAUAUAGUAACACCAAAUCAAUACGAAGUAGAGCUGCUAACAGGAAUUUCGGUCAAAUCAGAGCAGGAUGCUUGGAAUGCAGUAGAGUGGUUCCACAACAAGGGUGUCAAAACGGUAGCCAUUUCUUCAUCCGAGUUAGGUGGAUCGAACUCACUUUUGGCGCUUGUUAGUCAUAAGAAUGGAAACAACAGUCAGCGUUAUCGAAUGGUUAUCCCAAAGCAAGGCAAUGGGAUUAGGUUCACUGGAACGGGUGAUUUGUUUGCAUCACUUUUUCUAGCACACUCUACUCUUACUGGGUUCGACAUGGGCAUAACAUUGGAACGCACGAUCGCUACUCUACAAGCGGUUAUUGGGAAAACGCUCUCAUAUGUACCGGACGAUGUCAAAGCCGGAAAAGUCGAGGUGACAUCAGCACAACGUGAAUUAAAACUCGUGCAAAGCAAGAAAGAAAUAGAAGAACCGGAAGUUACCCUACAUUGUACAAAAGUUUGUUAAAAAAUAGCACUUUAUUAAUGUUUUUAUUGCCAAGUUUUUAGUAAAUGAAACAGUUGAAUGAAAUAUACAUAUAAUUUUA